AUGUCAACAACUCAGCGUCAAGUGAUGAUGGACUCCUCUCUAGCUCUCGGAAGACUGGAACUGACCCCCAGUUCAGGCGCCGUUGGGGUCAGCCUGACCCCGCGGCUCUCCGUUGGGCACCCGGCGAAGGAGACGUGCGGUCAGCGGACACUGGGGCCACAAGGCCCGGGUCAUCUGAACGGCUGCGUCCCGCUGUCACAUCAGGUGGCGGGUCACAAGUAUGGAGUGGAUACAGUGGGCAUUUUGCAACAUCCAGACGGAACCGUCCUGAAGCAGCUUCAGCCUCCGCCCAGAGGUCCACGAGAGAUGCAGUUUUACAGCAUGGUGUAUGCAGAGGACUGCUGUGACCCAUGCCUUCUGCAGCUCCAGAACCAUCUGCCCAAGUACUACGGCACCUGGUCCUCUCCUGACAGCCCCAACGACCUGUACCUGAAGCUGGAGGACGUGACCCGGCGCUUCGUCAAGCCGUGCAUCAUGGACGUGAAGCUGGGCCAGCGGAGCUACGACCCGUUCGCCUCGCAGGAGAAGCGGGAACAGCAGAUCAGGAAAUACCCACUGAUGGAGGAGAUAGGCUUCCUGGUCCUCGGCAUGAGGGUGUUUAAGAUAUGCAGUGAUACGUUUGACUCCUACGACCAGCACUACGGGAGGGGACUGGUUCAGGACACCAUCAAAGACGGCCUGGCUACUUUCUUCCAUAAUGGUGUGAGUCUGAGGAAGGAUGCCGUGUCGGCCAGCAUCCAUAGAGUACAGUGCAUCCUCCGCUGGUUUGAGUCCCAGCAGCAGCUGGUCUUCUACGCCAGCUCCCUUCUCUUCGUCUACGAGGGGCUCCCCUCCUCUUCCUCCUCAUCCUCCCUUUCGUCCCUCCUCAGUACCCCGUCGGUCAGCCCAACUGUGAGGAGAACUGCCACUUUAUCAUCGGCGGGCGUCGGCAGUCGGGGCGGGGAGGGGAAAGCGAGGCAGGAAGGAGCGAGGCAGGAAGAGGAAGUAGCUGAGUACAACAACAACAACAUUCAGGUGCCGGCAUCGUGGGACUGCAGCCUUGCCACCAUUGACACCAACCACAGGAAAGGUAGCCACAACCCAUGUGCAAGGGGUCAUCUCCACUGCAACAGCUGUGACGGCGAUGCAGUGGACACGACCGCAAGCUCGGCUCCUGGAGAUAACAUCUCAACGCAGUGCGAAGAAGACAACUCCGCGUGGAAACGAACAGGCGAGUUGCGACAACCGCCAAACGGAAACGGAAACAAAUCACAACUGGAAGGCAAGGACGAGGACGGAGGGAGAGAAGACAGAGGCGGGAGGAGGCUUGAGGAGGAAGAGGAGCUGAAAGGACAGGGAGGUGAUGCAACAGAGGGGAGUGGAGGAGACACGGAGGUGGAGGUCCGGAUGAUCGACUUUGCCCAUGUUUUCCAGAGCGAGAGCCACGAUCGCGGCUACAUCUACGGCCUCAAACACCUGCUGACGGUGCUGGAGCAGAUCCUCUGUGACGCCGCCUAGAGCUCCACCUCCUCCCUACCUCCUCUUCUGCGCCUCACCUGUUCUGUGAACUGCCGUCUCCCUUCUGCCAACCCUCCUCUCUCCUCAAAACACGGACACCUUCAGAGGAGAGAAGGAAGAAUCAAAGGAGUGAAUAUUAAAACAGAGCCAUCGUCAUUGUCAUCAUCAUCUCACCUGUUUGUCACAAUCUGUCAGCCCUCUGUGUGUGUUUGUGUGUCUGUCUGUCAGCUGCUGACAGUUGUGUUUUCCCCCGAGAUCAGCAGCACUACAUGCACUAAUCAAUCCAUGAAGGCAUUGCGACCCUGUACUUAAACACAACAUCUUCAGCUGCACGAUUUACUGAUGCUCAAACGAGCUCUACAAUGUCACAUGACUUCACCUAUUGACAAACAUAUUGGUUGUAUCAUAGCCACUGGAAGAAGCUGGUUGUUUACUGUAUAAAAAAAAAAUGCAUAUCACUACACCUCAAAUUAGCUCUUGGGCUGGGCAAUAUGGAAAUAUAUGUCGCGAGCCAAAGGGAAUCUUUUUGCCUAUACCAGUUAUAGCUGUCCUCUGGUUGAACAUUGAGGAAAAUAUUGCAAAUCAGCACUGCACUGUUGUAUGGCAAUAUCCAUUUUACAUGAAUUAUGUGAUGAAGCAUAGUUCUUUAGAUUUUUCUGUUAUGCAAUUCCAGUGGUAACAUAGCCUCCCAACGCAUCCAUUGAAACACAAGAGUGUUAUGACACAUUAACACAUUAAUCAGAAAUGGAUCGGCCUUUAAUUGGCUCAUACAGUCCAUCAAAAACUAUUUGUGGCUCAGGCCAACUCCCGCUCUCGUGGAUCGUCCUCCAUUCUCCUGCACCAAGGGGUUCACCAGUGGGUUGGGUUGCCAUGGAGAUGCUGACAUACGACAG